GUAUAUAUAAAACUAGUCCGACUUGCGUAAAUAAAUCAUUUGAGAAUAUGAAGGGUUUAGUGAUUUUAUUAUUAUUUUUGGAGCCUCUCCUAAGUGGAGCUGUUACUAACUAUGACAGUUACAAAGUGUACCAAGUUACCCCUCAGUCUAUGGAUGAAGCACUGGCACUGAAAACCUUUGAAAACAAUGGUUACUUCGAUUUUUGGUCGAGUCUACGAUCAGUCGGUGCUCCUGUUGACAUAAUGGUAAAUCCUAUCGCUCAGGAUAUGUUUGAAGACUUUCUACAGAACUACAACAUUAAAUACGAUGUUCUUAUCGAGAAUGUACAAGAAACAAUAAACAAGAAUGUACAAGGAAGAUCUAGUACGAGGGCGGUAGAACAGGGCCAGGUUAGCUUCACAGAAUUUAUGAGAUAUGAUGAGAUUACAGCCUACUUGCAACAGCUUGCUGCUGAUUACCCAAGUAUUGUAACAACGGAAGUGGUUGGACAAUCAUUUGAAGGUAGGGAUAUUUCACUUAUCAGGAUUUCCAGUGGUGGAACAAACAAAACUACCAUAUUCGCUGAAGCAACUAUCCACGCCAGGGAAUGGAUAGCUCCGCCUGUAGCUUUGUACGUCAUCAGCCAGCUGGUGGAAAAUUCUGAAAAUGCUUACAUGUACGAGGACGUCGACUGGGCCAUCAUUCCGGUAGCGAAUCCUGACGGAUACGAGUAUACACACACUGAUACUCGUCUUUGGAGGAAGACCAGAACCCCAGGCACGAUAUGCUACGGCGUCGACCCGAACAGAAACUUCGACUACAACUGGAAUGUAAUCGGUGCCAGCAGUUGGCAAUGCGACGAAACCUACGCCGGAUAUAUACCCUUCAGCGAGCAGGAAACCCAAGCCAUAAGAGAUUACACUCUUGCCCAUAAAGACGACAUAAAAUUGUACCUCGCCAUUCACAGCUACGGACAAUGGAUGCUUUACCCUUGGGGACAUACCACCGAAGGACCUGAAGACGAAGAAGAACUAAUCGCACUCGGAGAGCUCUUCAGAGACGCCAUCUACGCCGUUAACGGAACGGAAUAUGUGGUCAAUAGUACUGCGAAGGGUUUGUACUAUGCUGCAGGUACCAGUAUAGAUUGGGCGAAAGCAGUAGCUGGUAUAGAUUUGAGUUAUACCAUUGAAUUGCCUGGAGGGGGUAGUGCUGGUUUUGAUAUACCAGCGGAGAGGAUAGAAAGUGUUGUCGAGGAAACGUGGGAAGGUUUCAAAGUACUCCACGACUACAUACAAAGGAAGUUUAAUGAUACCGAUACUGACAAUUAAAUUGGUCUGAAACUAAUUGCAAUAUUUGAAUGAGGAAAGUUUAUUAGUGUUUUUCCCUGACAAUUAUUGGUGUUUCCAAUCAUAUAUGAUGAAAUUAUAUUUGCAUAAUUGUAGCAGGUAAUUAUAGUAAUAUAUAAAACACAGAUAUAUAAAAUUUAAUUCGUUGUAACAAUUACCAAUUACCCACGAAAGAGAUUAUAUAAAUUGUGUUUCGAAAAUUUACAUAUCAUAUUGUUGAUUAAACUUUAACCGUAUUACUAUUAACGUGGGUUAAUAUUUAAUAUUUGUGGAGAUAUCCUGAUUAUACCGUCCUGUUAAAGAAAUCAGUCGCUAAUAAUACUAGUGUUCUAUAAAAUGUAAAAUGAUUACGUUAUUUAUUUGUUUCAGUUAACUGUAGUAUAAUGCUAAAUUUCAUUUUUAUUUUAUAAG